AAAAUGUAGAGGAAGAAGAAGAAAUGAUGUCAGCCGUGGAGCAUCGUUGCUCUUUCGUUCGUGAUCUAAUUCAUAAAAUAUAUGUCGCCAAGUGUUAUUGUUUGCGUUUCGUGUAGGUUAUAUCGCUACUUAAUAUCAAAUUGAAACAUCCAUUGGCGUUUUCGUACUGGUCCGUGCGUCGCGAGUGCGUGAAAAAUGUCGAAACACGAUCGAGUGAAAUCGGGUGGCUUUCUGGAUACGUUGCUCGGCCGACCACACAAGAAGCUUGGUCGGCAUGGAGGGAGUGGCGUGUACGGGAAUGGACCGAGCAGCGCUGGCGGGAACUUCAGCGGGUAUGGGGGCAGCUAUGGCAACAUUAAUGGUGGCCGUCCACUGUCCGGCCCGGACGCAGAUCUGGUGUCCUUGAUCGAACCCAAUGAAACACACCGUCUAAGCGAGGCGGAAGUCAACAAACUGUUUCUCGAAAUACUCGAGGACAUGAACAUUCCGAAGGACAAGCGCGAUCCGCUGCUGGGCAAACCGCUGGAGGAGAAGCGGAAGAUGAUCGAUAUGCAUGUGAAAGGCAAAAUAUCCGCCGAACAUCGUGCUAAUUCACGGUUCGAAAAACCCUCAGACUACGUGCAAUACCUUCACGAAGGGGAUUAUUCAAACCGUUCGAGCAAACUGCUGGGAUGUCUGGAGAGCCUCCGCGUAGCACUGACCAGCAAUCCCAUCAGCUGGAUCAAGGACUUCGGCGAGGAUGGCAUCAACGAAAUCGUUACCCUGCUGCGAUACUGCAAAUCGGGUCCACGCCGAAUGUACAAGAUCGAGUACGAAUGCUUACGAUGUCUGAAGGCGAUUCUCAACAACUCCUGGGGCCUGAAUGUUAUCCUAACGCCAGAUCAGCAUGCGGUUGUGCUGUUGUUAGCGCAAUGCGUCGAUGCCACCAACCCGCAGACGAUGUGUGAAGCGAUUAAGCUGUUGUCCGCCUUAACACUGCUGAAGGAUCGCAACGGUUACGAGAAGGUGCUGCGAGCGAUAACCAACGUCAGCUCGAUGAGGAAACCCGGUUCCGACCGUUUCCGACCCAUCGUGGAGGGUUUGUUCUUGGAUAAUGAUCGUAACUACGAGCUAACCUGCAGCACGAUGAUCUUCAUCAACUGUCUCAUCAACUCACCGACCGACAUUAACUUCCGGCUACAUUUGCGGUGUGAAAUGAUGCGCGCCGGUCUGUACGAACGGAUCGAUCAGCUCUCGGAGAUGGUGGAAAAGAGUGGCAACGAGAAUUUGGUGAACCAUUUCAAGAUCUUCAACUGCUAUCGGGAAGACGAUUUCGAGGAGUUUAGCAACCGGUUCGACAAUGUGCGGCUCGAGCUGGACGACAUGAAUGAUUGCUUCGAGCUGCUGAGAAACCUGGUCGCGGACACAAGUUGCGAACCGUACUUCCUGUCGAUUCUGCAGCAUUUGCUGUUCAUCCGUGACGAUCAUCAGUACCGGCCGGCGUACUUUAAGCUGAUCGAGGAAUGCGUAUCACAGAUUGUGCUUCACAAGAGUGGUUAUGAUCCGAACUUUGAUAGUCGCGAUUUCCACAUAGACACCAGCACGUUGUUGGACGAUAUGGCGGAAAAGACGAAGCAGAUGGAGAGCAAAAAGUCGGAAGACUUCGAGAAGCGUAUGACCGAGUUACAAACUGCCCGCCAGGAAGCGGAAGCCCGUGUGGCCGCACUAGAGGAUCGUCUGAAGGAGAUCGAGGCGACCGGCGUUAUCGUGUCGCCGAAGGGUAAAAGUAAACUACCUCAAAUUAACAUUCCACCGCCACCACCUGGACUGCUUCCCGGUGGAGGUGUACCAGGAACGAUGGCACCACCUCCUCCUCCACCCUGCCCGGGAGCAAUUCCAGUUAUGAUUGGUGGUGCACCGGCACCGCCUCCCCCGCCCUUCCCCGGGGCUGGUGGUGGCCCACCGCCACCUCCACCACCCAUGCCCGGUAUGGGCGGUGGUCCUCCUCCUCCACCUCCGAUGAUGAUGGGUGGCGGUGGAUUCCGGCCACCGGGUAUGCCUCCACCCUUCCCCAAUGCUGCCCCGAAACCUCUGCCUUACGGACUGAAGCCGAAGAAAAAGUGGGACACGGAUGGUCCAAUGAAGCGAGCCAACUGGAACGGUUUAGACGCACAAAAGCUGUCCGAAAACUCGUUCUGGGUGCAGGUGCAGGAAGAGAAGCUAGCCGAUAAUGACAUUUUCGCCCGACUCGCAAUGAAGUUCUCCUCCAAGCCGGCUAAACCGGUCGACAGAGAUGCCAACGAUCGGCCACAGUCCUCGAAGAAGAAUAUCGAUUUGCGCGUGCUGGAUGGCAAAGCGGCACAGAAUCUAUCGAUCCUGUUGGGCGGUUCGUUGAAACACCUGUCCUAUGAACAGAUCCGCACGUGCCUGCUGCGCUGUGACACGUCCGUGCUCAGUCCGAGCGUACUGCAGCAGCUCAUCCAGUAUCUGCCCCCGCCGGAUCAGCUGAAACGGCUGCAGGAGAUACGAGCCCGCGGUGAAGAUUUGGCCGGUGCGGAGCGGUUUGCGGCCACCAUCAGCGAUAUCAAGCGGCUCGGGGCACGGUUGCAGAGUCUCAGCUUCAAGAUCAAUCUGCCCGACAUGGUGCAGGACGUGAAGCCGGACAUAGUGGCGGGUACGGCUGCUUGCGAAGAGGUUAAGACAAGCAAAAAGUUCGCCAAGGUGCUCGAACUGAUCCUGCUGCUCGGUAACUACAUGAACUCCGGUUCGAAGAAAGAGCUGGCGUUUGGGUUCGAGAUGAGUUUCCUGCCGAAGCUAUCCAGCACCAAGGACUACGAGAACAAGCAGACGCUGCUACACUAUCUAGCCGAGGUGAUCGAGAGCAAGUUCCCGGAAGCGCUCACCUUCAACGAGGAUCUUUCGCACGUCGACAAGGCAUCGCGCGUGAGCUUGGACACGAUACAAAAGACAAUGCGACAGAUGCAGAACUCGCUCAAAAACCUCGAAUCGGAUCUGAACAACAACAAGGUGCCCCAAAGCGAAGACGAUCGAUUCCUCGAGGUGAUGGGCCAGUUCGCGGUGGAGUGCCGAGCGCAGGUCGAAGUGCUGAGCCGGAUGCUUUCACAGAUGGAAUCCCUGUUCACCAGUCUGUCCGAGUACUAUUGUUUCGAUCCUGCCAAGUACACGAUGGAGGAGUUCUUUACCGACAUCAAAACGUUCAAGGAUGCUUUCGUACAGGCGCAUACGGACAAUUUGCGGUUGCGCGAGGAGGAGGAGAAAAAACAACGUGCGCAGGAGGCGAAGGAACGGGCCCAGCGCGAAAUGCACGAACGUCAGCAGCGCAAGGUCGAUCUGAUCAGCAUCGAUGCGGGCCAGACGCAGGAAGGCGUUAUGGAUAGUUUGCUGGAAGCGCUACAAACCGGAUCGGCUUUCGGCAAUCGGGAGCAACGUCGGCGACGCGGACCGCGGCCAGCCGGUGCAGAACGGCGUGCGCAACUUAACCGAAGUCGAUCACGUACGGGCAUCACGGCGAAUGCGUUCUCCAGUCGGGAAAUGCUCUCAGAACUGCUCGGACCGGCGUAGUACUAUAGUACAAUAUGGAGUGUUGGUGUAGCGGCGGUUGUGCAUGUUGCGUAGUCGUCCUCGUGUGUGGCGUGCCAAAACACCACGUGGUAGGGCGUACAAUUGAGAUUUAUUCCCAGCAUAGUUUAGUCGAUAGACAGGAAAUUUGACCGGAACCAUUACCCCUUUGAACCCCGAAACAUUAUGAGGAAAAAAAACAUCAGUAUUUCUAUGUCUACUUUUUUACAUAAACAAUAAUAAGACGCAAUAAGAGCACAAAAAAGGAACUGAUUGGUAAGCGUGUACAAAAUUAGCUUUUUUUUCGUUGAAACAGUGAUUGAGCGUGCACAAUUUUUGCCACUCGUAUGUAAUCAUUUGUCUAUUUUGCAAAUAUUUCCAGAGUGUUUUACAACAUUCUUACACUGAAGCCAUUAUACUUGCGGUGGCCAUGGUACAGAGGCGUAGUAAAGGAAGAAACCACCGUAAUGUGUGUAUAUGCCAAACACGAAGCGGAAUUGACCUAAAACACAACACACGGAAAGACUACAAAAAGCGCCUUACAUAAGAAAUGAAAUGAGUAAAACAAACAUGAUAAUGAUCGAAAAUUGCACAACACGUACAGCACACACCUCGCGCCGAGCGCGCGUUCGCGAUCUGCACACAAAGCACAUCAGCCAGGAUCUAUAGGGAUAGGAACAGUCGUGAUUAUAUAGCGCAAACAGUAAGAUAGAUAGAAGCUGGGCGAAGUUACAUAUAUGGGUUAUUAGGAAGUUGUACAAUAUUGAUGCUAACGUCGCAACGUUUUCGGUGUGGUAAGAACGCGCCAUACUACUUAUUCGGAAAUUGUAAAACGGAAUAAAAAAAAACCUUCGCUUUUGCGUAUCAGGAAAACACUGCGAAUACACAUA